CACCGGCUCCCGCUCGGCCCGCCCUCCGCGCCGCAGGGACCGCCACAGCCGCCGCGCCUCCCCCGGCGACCGCGCCCCCGGUCGCCGUCCUCCGGCCCGGGACUGAGCGGCCGGCGCUCCGCACAGAGAGCGUUCCAGAAUCCAGGCUGCUUUCAGGAAUAUCUCCGUGGAUUCUUGGGGCUUAUUCCACUAGAAGCAAGAUGGCUGAACUCAAUACGCAUGUGAAUGUCAAGGAAAAGAUCUAUGCAGUUCGAUCAGUUGUUCCCAACAAAAGCAAUAAUGAAAUCGUCCUGGUGCUACAACAAUUUGACUUUAACGUAGAUAAAGCAGUGCAAGCCUUCGUGGAUGGCAGUGCAGUCCAAGUUCUAAAAGAAUGGAACAUGACGGGGAAAAAGAAGAACAACAAAAGAAAAAGAAGCAAGUCCAAGCAGCAUCAAGGCAAUAAAGAUGCUACUAAGGACAAGGCAGAGAGGCCCGAGGCUGGGCCCCCGCAGCCACUGCCGCCCCAGAUACAAAACGGCCACGUGAAUGGCUGUGAGAAAGACAACUCGUCCACAGAUUCCGCCAGCGAAAAGCCGGUCCUUGUCCCUCGUGAGAAAAAGAUCUCGAUAAUCGAGGAACCUUCAAAGGCACUCCGCGGGGUCACAGAAGGCAACAGACCACUGCAACAGAAACUAUCCUUAGAUGGGAACCCCAAACCUAUACAUGGAACACCAGAGAGGUCAGAUGGCCUACAGUGGUCAGCUGAGCAGCCUUGUAACCCAAGCAAGCCUAAGGCAAAAACAUCUCCUGUUAAGUCCAAUACCCCCGCAGCUCAUCUUGAAAUAAAGCCAGAUGAGCUGGCAAAGAAAAGAGGCCCAAACAUUGAGAAAUCGGUGAAGGAUUUGCAGCGCUGCACUGUGUCUCUAACGAGAUAUCGUGUCAUGAUCAAGGAGGAAGUGGAUAGUUCAGUGAAGAAGAUCAAAGCUGCCUUUGCGGAAUUACACAACUGCAUCAUUGACAAAGAAGUUUCAUUAAUGGCAGAAAUGGAUAAAGUUAAAGAAGAAGCCAUGGAAAUCCUGACCGCUCGUCAGAAGAAAGCGGAAGAACUAAAGAGACUGACGGAUCUGGCCAGUCAGAUGGCGGAGAUGCAGCUGGCUGAACUCAGGGCAGAAAUUAAGCACUUCGUCAGCGAGCGGAAAUACGACGAAGAGCUCGGGAGAGCUGCCCGGUUCUCCUGCGACAUCGAGCAGCUAAAGGCCCAAAUCAUGCUCUGCGGAGAAAUCACGCACCCAAAGAACAGCUAUCCCUCAAGAACGCCGAGCUCCCUGCUGCCCCUGCUGAACGCCCACGCGGCAGCCUCUGAACAGAGUCACUUUACCCGAAAAUCGACCAAUCACAAACAAGCCCUCGGAGGGUAAAGCCGCAACCCCAAAAUGGCCCGCACCCUUCCCAGCGCGCCCGAAAGCUCUCCCCAGGCCGCGCCAGCUAAUAAGCAGAAUGGGUCUUCUAGCCAAAGACGGAGAUUUAAUCCCCAGUACCAUAACAACAGGCUGAAUGGCUCUGCCAAGCCACAGGGCGGUGGAAAUGAAGCUGAUUUGAUGGCGAAGGGCAACAACCGCCAUGAACACAGAAGACAGCCGCACAACGGCUUCCGUCCCAAAAACAAAGGCGGCGCCAAAAACCAAGAAGCCCCCUUGGGGACAAAGACCCCCGAGGCCCCAGCCCAUUCAGAGAAGCCCCGGCGAAGGCAGCACGCUGUAGACAACUCGGAGGCCAGGCCGUUCCGGGGGAACGUCGCUAGGGUUUCACAGUGCAAUCUCUGCCCCACGAGAAUAGAAGUUUCCACAGACGCCACGGUCCUCUCGGUCCCAGCGGUGACGUUGGUGGCCUGAGUGAGGAGGAAGAAAAAAAAAAAGCAGUUUCCACUCAGUUUUGGUUCCCUGCCCGAGGUGCUGACCCAGUUUGCUGCCAAAGAGAGUCAGUCAGAAUGUGCAGACCCUCUGUGGUUGUGUCAUCCUCUCUUAAUCAUUUUUACUAAUUCUAAUAAUCAGCCCUAGCUUGCUUUCAUAACUUUCAUGGCUUUGCUUGAUCUGUUGACGCUUUUUCUCAUCAAGACAUCGCAGCAUUUUAGCCCGGCAGUAUUUACUCGUUUGUUAGGAAAAUCAAGAUGUGGCUACAGAUCAGAGGCUCAGUAGCAACCUGUGUUGUAGCAGUGAUGUCAGUCCAUUGAUUGUCUUUAGAGAGUUAAUGUUGGGAAAAAAAAAAAAAAAAUCUUACCGAUCAGACAACCAUGAUCCGCUGAAGACACAUGCGCUUUUGUAGAAUUUAACACCUGGUGUUUUUCUGAAAAAGAAAAUAUAUAUAUAUACAUAUAUUGCUUUAUUUGAAACAAAUUAAAAUAUGCUGCAUUUGA